AUGAACAACUCAAACUCAUUGUUCAAAAGAACAGAAGUUAUAGGUAGAGGAAAGUUUGGAGUAGUCUACAAGGGAUAUAAUAAACAGACUAAGCAAGUAGUGGCAAUUAAAGUACUUAAUCUUGACACACAAGAAGAAGAAGUAUCUGAUGUACAACAAGAAAUUCAAUUUUUAACUGAAUUAAAAAAUGUACCAAACGUUACUCAUUACUAUGGAUCAUUUUUAAAUGAUACUAAAUUAUGGAUUAUUAUGGAUUAUUGUGCUGGUGGAUCAAUUCGAACACUUUUGAAAUGUGGGGUUUUCGAAGAAAGAUUUAUUGGUGUUAUAGCUAGAGAAUUACUUAUUGCACUUCAAUCAGUUCAUAAAUUAGGGGUAAUUCAUCGAGAUUUAAAAGCUGCCAAUGUUUUAAUUACUAAAGAAGGAAAUGUACAAUUAUGUGACUUUGGAGUUGCUGCACAGAUCACAUCUUCAUCUUUGAAAAGAACUACAAUGGCGGGAACUCCAUAUUGGAUGGCUCCCGAGGUUAUCAGAGAAGGUGAUGCAUACAAUGUUAAGGCUGAUAUUUGGUCAUUAGGGAUAACAAUGUAUGAAAUAACUACUGGGAAUCCUCCCUAUUCUGAUAAGGAUGCGAUGUGGGCUAUGCAAAUGAUUUCCAAACUGACUCCUCCUAGAUUAGAAGGCAGAGAAUAUUCACUGGUUUUAAAAGAAGCAAUUGCUCUUUGUCUUGAUGAAAAUCCUGAUGAAAGACCUCUGGCAGAAGAUUUAUUGAAAUGUAGACUUGUUAAAUUAUAUAAAAACCAUCCAUCUUCAAUUUUAAAAGAAUUGGUUACUAAAUAUCUUUUAUGGAGGGAUCAAAAUUCAAGACGGGAUUCUAUUGCAUUUUUAAAUUUAGAAGAAGAACAAAGACAAAAUAAUGAACUGUCUAAUCAAGGAGGUGAUGGUGAUCUUGAAGAAGAUGAAAGUCAAUUGCAAAUUAAAUGGGAUUUUGAUUCUUUAAGUUCUCGUGAAUAUAUCAUUGAAAAUGAUAUUGAAAUUGAUAAGGUAAAAGAUAGUUAUAAUAUGUCCAAUUCAUAUGUUCUUGAUGACGAUAACUCGAAUUCAGAGACUUUUAUUACCGAUCAAUCCUUUUUGACGAGACCAGGAGUGUCCACUGUAACUACAGGCACAAGAUCGAAAUUGACCAAUAGUUCGAAUACUAUGAUCACCAGCACACUAACCAAUGGUGGGGCCAGUACAGUAGUACCAAAUGCAUCCCUCAAACAAAAGCAGCAUGAAAUCCCCAAAUCAUUAUCACUGUUAUUUGAAGAUUCUGCGCCUUCUUCAAAAGAUACAGACAGCUCAAUACAUCCACCAAGUGGACUCGGAUUGUCAAGCUCCGAAAGAGUAGACUCUCCAACCAUUGAAAUACCGGAUAUGGAUAAUCUUGUAAACUUCUCAGUGGCAAAGCAGCAGCAACAACAACAGCAACAUCAACAACAGCAUCAGCAACAUCAACAACAACAUCAGCAUCAGCAACACCAACAACAACUUUCUACAAAUGGCCAAGGAAGUUCUUCCACCUCAACUUUAUCUAUAGGACGACCUACCCUCAAUAAACCGCCAAAUUUAUAUCAUACUCAAUCUGCAUCUGGAAAUUUAGAAACCCGAUUUUCUACAACUGCAAACCGUCCAAGAAAGAAAACAAUUUCCAAUACAUUAGGUAGUGCGGGAUCUGUCAAUUCAAGUUAUUCAGCAUCAACUACCCCAAUCCAAAUGGCUUCUCAAUCGCUGCAGCAAUCAUUGCAACCACAACAACAACCACUUCCUCCACAUACCCCUCCUUAUACCAAUACUACACUGAAGACACCAUCUCCCAAACCUAUACCAUCUUCAGGAUAUAUUAGUGGUUUGGCAAAUACCAAUUCACCUUCCAAGUCAAUGAAAGCCUUACAAUACAACACAAAUCCAUUAUUACAGCCUAUAAAUUUCAAAGCACCUUCAGGAGAUCAAAACAUGUCAAUCAAUGUGACUACUACGGAAGCACCCACUGUCGCAUCUAACGGGAGCGGGUUAGCCACAUCUAGCGUAAGUGGUGGAACAUCAGAACCUUCAUCCACAACCAAAAAGAAGAGGUCACGCCCUGGACUUCAUAUUCAAAUGCCUACGCCAUCUAGUACUCUCAGUAAUUUAUCUGCAUUGACAAAUAAUGAAUUUGAAAACCAACAGGGUACAGAUAGUAACGUGAAUCAAUUCGGGAUUAAUCCAUUACAGGCAACGUAUUCACAAAUGACUAUGACUCCUGUGGCCGAGAAGGAUGCUGCGAGUCUCCCAUCUGUUGGUGAAUUCCAUGACUCUGAAACCACCACAUCGCUGAUGGCACCUGCUAGAGAAAGAACGGAGUCUAUUUCAUCUACGUCUCUGAGAUAUUAUGGAGGAUUGCAACCCAAAAAGUUGGGUUCCACAGUUGCCUCAAAUCCAAUAUUUCCAACUAGAAGCACAUCAAUUAGUGCAUCUCCAAUUAAUGUCAAGCAACCACUACGAUUUCCUGCAAUUCCUGCGAUCAAUAGUGACUUCUUUAACGAUUCUACACCAAAGCAAAAAUUAGUUAAUGAGUUAGAUUCAAUGAUCAAGUUGUUUACUCAAGGAUUAGAAGCUUUGGAAGAUAACAUCUAA